AAUAAUUCCAUCUUUUUCUCUUGAUAAACACAAAAUCUCGCUGGGUGUGUCAUUCACCUGACUGACUUAUUAACUCAAAUUGACUAUUUUUUAAUGUGAUCUACUUUAUAAACCAUUUAUUGACAGUGCCUUGGUACAUUGUAUCAAGAUUACCUAACGUGUCUUACCUGGAUGUAUUUUUGUGGUUACCUGACUUCUCUUGGCUGUUUAUUUCUACCAAUGGUUUACCUGUUGGUCCAUACAGAGACGUUUACUUAUGAUCAAUAGGACACUUUCAACUUCAUUUACAUAUCAUUCCACAUUUGACUUGAAAAUUUAUUUUAGCAUUUGACAAUUAAGGUUGUAAACAACCUGUUGAUGAAAAUUUGACAAUGGCUUCAACCCUGAGUGGAGCUAGCACAGAAAAACAAAGUUCUCGUUCAAAAUUUUACAUAUCACGAAAAUAUGAAGUAACCAGUGCACUCUGUCUAAUUUCAUGGAUUUCUUUGAUUGUUUCGUUUUCUGCCCCUUAUUGGCUAUCAUCAUACACUAAAACCUACACAUCUUUCAUCCGCCUUGGACUUUGGGAUGUUUGUUUUAAUAAUUAUCGCCAUCCUCCAUAUCAAUAUGACGAAAAGUUUGACGGUUGCAAUUGGAUUUAUAGUGCUAAAUAUCAAAAUAUUCGGGAAUGGCUUCAACCAGGUUGGUUUAUUGUGGUCCAAGCUAUGUUAACUAUAGCUUUGAUUUUUACUACUCUUGCUUUGAUGUUAAUCAGUGCCAGUCUAAUGUACUAUUUAGUACGUUAUCAUAUUGUGGUGACAGCAGUUGCUGCCGGACUUACAGCAGUGUCAGCUGUGUGCAUUUUAGUUGGAGUUUCAGUAUUUGCUUCGUACGCAUUUGAAAGAUCGUGGCUGCAAUAUCCAAAUUUUAAUCAUUUAGAUUGGGGAUAUUUUCUAGCGGUAACAACAAUGGUAUUCUUGUUUAUUGCUAGUGGUUUAUUAAUUAAAGAAUCUUGGAGAGAAUAUCAAAGAAAAAGGAAAAUGGUGAAUCUGGUCUACAGUAUGCGACCAAGAAAUGGUGGUUCCAUUGAAGCCCGUCCAAUGAUGCCGAUAGAAGAGUUAUCGGUAGAUCGUCCAAGUGCUUAUCAACCUCACUUUACUCAAGUUUAAGCAUCUAAUUAGAGAUUACAUUGCCUUUGUAAAUAGCCAAAAACACAAGUUGCUAAAAUCCUGUUAGACCAAAGAGUCAAAGUAUUCAAAUUAUGUAUUACACGAGAUCUGAUUAAUUAUUGGAAGCAUUCAUCGGUGCAUUUAUCACUAAACCAACGGACAUUGAUAUACUAUUUCGUUACACGGGUCUGCUUCACACAAAUUGAUAAAAAUUAUUAGAAUCUAAGCAUUUUUUCAUGCAUCAUCCUCACUGGCAGCACACAAAUAGCCAAAAUAUUAUUAAUUUUGAUCUGUCAUUUCUUUUUGUAUUUUCAAACUUUUUUCAUUGUCAGCUGAAAAGACAUUAAACUAGCGUCCUAAAUGA